GAUCUCGGGAGGGCGAGGGGCAGCGGGUGCCGUGAGCCUGGUCUGUGGGGCUCGUAGGCUCCGCAGCGGGGUGAGGGAUUGCAUUCUGUGCUCGCACAAGUGCAUGGGUGGAAUGUUUGAACUGCUAAUCUGGGGCCGACUGUUUAAAGAAUGGUUGCAAUGAUCUUGUUAGUGAGACUUUUCUAACUUCGUUUGUUCCAACUCCCUGCAAGAGAUUGUUCAUGAACUGGCUCGAUGAAAUGGUCAGGCUUGGGAGCUGAGCAUAUGGGAGCUUCCCACCUAGUGAAAGAUGUCAGCAAUAGGAGUAGUGUCUUCCUGUUCCUGUUUCCAUCCUGGUGUAUGGCUGCUGAAAUCAGGGAUGCAGAAGAUGAGCUCCUUUGGCUUACAUACAGCAGCCAGGUGUGCUGCCAAGGAUUACUAUGAAGUACUGGUGUUGGGUGGAGGUGCUGGUGGAAUUGCCAUGAGUGCUCGGAUGAAGAGGAAAGUGGGAGCAGGAAAUGUGGCUGUUGUUGAGCCAAGUAAGACUCAUUACUAUCAGCCGCUGUGGACGCUGGUUGGUGGCGGCGCAAAGCAGCUGGCGGCUUCUGCACGUCCAACGGGAAGUGUAAUGCCCAAAGGUGUGGAGUGGAUCAAAUCUCGAGUUACAGCAUUGGAUCCAGAUAAGAACUGUGUCUGGCUGGAGAAUGAUAUCAAGGUAUCUUACAAGUAUCUGAUAAUUGCCCUUGGAAUUAGUCUGCAUUAUGAAAAGAUCAAAGGCUUGCCUGAGGGUUUUGAUCACCCUAAAAUAGGUUCCAAUUAUUCAAUUCACACAGUAGAGAAAACAUGGAAAGCUAUACAAGACUUUAAGGAAGGAAAUGCAAUCUUCACUUUCCCAAAUACUCCAGUGAAGUGUGCAGGGGCUCCUCAGAAGAUCAUGUAUUUAUCGGAUGCAUACUGGAGGAAAACAGGAAAACGUUCCAAAGCAAAUAUCAUGUUCAACACUUCACUUGGUGCAAUUUUUGCUGUUAAGAAGUAUGCUGAUGCAUUGCUUGAAGUAAUAAAGGAGAGGAAUAUUGCUGUGAACUACAAGCGUAACCUUGUGGAAGUUCGAGCAGACAGGCAAGAGGCCGUGUUUGAAAACUUGGAUAAACCUGGAGAGAUUGAAGUUCAUCAGUAUGGAAUGCUUCAUGUCACACCCCCCAUGGGGCCACCUCCUGUACUCAUCAACAGUCCUGUCUCAGAUGCAACUGGCUGGGUGGAUGUAGAUAAGGAAACUCUACAACAUAAAAAGUAUCCUAAUGUCUUUGGCAUUGGAGACUGCACCAACCUUCCAACAUCAAAAACUGCUGCAGCUGUAGCUGCCCAGUCUGGAGUCCUUGAUAAAACUAUUUCUCUGGUAAUGAAGAAUCAGUUGCCAGCUAAAAAGUAUGAUGGAUAUACUUCCUGCCCGCUUGUAACAGGCUACAACAAGGUGAUUCUAGCAGAGUUUGACUACAAUGCUCAGCCUCUGGAGACCUUUCCCAUUGACCAGAGUAAGGAGAGAGUAACCAUGUACCAUAUGAAAGCUGAUAUGAUGCCUUUGCUCUACUGGAAUGCACUUCUUAAGGGAUACUGGGGAGGACCAGCUCCCUUCAGGAAGUUGAUGCAUCUGGGCUUGAAGUAACUGCUCAUUCUCGGUGUCGGUCAAACCCUUUUGAAGAAAAUGGACUGGUCUCACACUGAUCAGUAUCUUCCCUCUUGGAAUACCUAAUAGACAUUUUGUUCUUUUUUUUUUUUUUUAAAUUUGUCCUAAAUUUACUUUUCCCCCUAUUAGGGAUUGACCCUUCAUAUGCUCUUCCAUGUAAGCCAAAGCCUUAAACUACUUCUGUAUUUACAGAGGAGCCUUAAACCUACAAAACACUAUGGAAAUUUCUAGCACAAUCAAUACUUUUAAAGCUGUUGUGUAUGUAAAAUUUUCUUCCUUACUCUCAACUGAAUUGUCUGCAUCCAAGAUCAACAAGUACACUGGGUUUAAGAGUGAUUCAAUGCUAGUAAAAUGGCCUGAA